CCUGCGCCCGCUGAAGGUCACAUGAUCCCAGAGGUGAAUCUGAUUGGUUGAAUCGAGUGGAGACUUUUAGACAAGGAAGUAGUCAAAUAUGUGACAGUACAGUCUCUAGUAUAGAUACUAAAUAAACAUGAUCUCAGGUGCAUUUUAUGCAUCAUUAGCGGGCUUUCUUGGAGCCGUUGCCUCCUCGUCAGCCAAGCUAUCUCUGGGCUCAGACUACCUCAAAGGGAUGUGUAAAACAGGGGUGAAAGCCUGGGCUCAGGAUGGAGACUACAAGAUUAUUCAGGAGGAAACAUCACCCUGCGAUUGGGUGAAUGUGUAUCUAUAUGAAUGUAUCAUUUUCAAAUUGUGUGUGUGUGUGUGUGUGAGAUACCAUUCUACCAGAGACCACUAACAAGUCCUAUUGUAUUCCGGCUCCACAUCCCUCUGCGGCUGCUGUUCAACUGUAAUGCUGUGAUGUGGUGUGUUGUUUCAGCUCCACAUCCCUCUGCGGCUGCUGUGUGGAGGACUACUGUUCAUCAGUAAUGCUGUGAUGUGGACCUUCUUCUCCAAGGCUCUGAGACACUCCUCCUCCUCAGCCCGGGCCACGGUCACCACCACCGCAUCCAACUUUGUAUCCUCUGUGAGUAGGGCAACUGGUUGAUAUCCAUCAGGGCAUGUAUUCAUAAAAUGUCUCAGAGUAGGAGUGCUGACUUUAGGAUCAAUUUCACCUUUUAGAUCAUAAUAAAUAAUGAAUUUUAUGAAUACGACCCCAGAUCGCAUCACUCCUCCUCUGAGAUUCUUUAUGAAUACGACCCCAGAUCUCAGCUAUCCAAUUUAUAUGAACAACUCACUUACAGGACAGAACGUUGACCAUAAGACCAUAGUGGAACUACAUUAUUGGAGCAAUGACAUCUGUGAAUCACUGUGUGGAUAUAAGUAUUAUUGGCUACUUAUGUUGUCAAUCCCCACUUACAUCAUCUGUACCGUCUUUAGGCAUUCGUUGGGAAGCUGAUCUUUGGUGAGACCCAUGCAGCACUGUGGUGGGUGGGCAUCUCUCUAACUCUCCCGGGUUUACUGGUGCUGCACAGAUCGACUUCUCGACCAGCAGAGGCCAAGAAGGAAGAGUGAAGGACUGUCCACAUGUGGAAUAACAAUACCACUGCAUCAAUCAUCCUACUGUACCGCCUCACUG